UCCAGGUUGUUGUCACGGACGCUUUCUGUCCCCGGAAAUACCACAAAUUGCUGGAUAUCAUACAGCACUGAUUGAUUAACAGGCAUAUUUGAUCGAUCGAUGGCAAUGAUUCAGUGCUGUUUAUGAAACCUCACGGCCGUUUACAAGACUUCUCAGUGCAAUGUUCGGUAAACGUCCAGUGACAGUGAUAGAUAACGUGAAGCUUUCCAUCACAGUAAUUGAAUCAUAUUGCGUGGUGGUAUGUUUGAUGUGGAACUAGCGUUGUUUUUUUUCAUAACUGCAAAAUAGACGUUAUAGAGAAAUGUCCGCAUGUGACCGCAUAUGAUACUGGUGAUGUUUCCCCCUACGUGUAAUCGCUUAACACGUAGCCAGUCGAAAGACGGAUACGAAGGAGCAUGUCAAAGUACGGAGCGGCCACGGGGUUUUCCAGAAGAUCGUGCCUUUGUGGAGCUGCAAGUUCCAGGGGUUUCCAGUGAGGCUGACUUUGAGAAACACAGUCUCAGUGCCAACAGCCUUGAGCAGCAGCUAAAGGAGCUCCAGACCAGAAUGGGAGACUCCUGGACAGGGGAGCAUCCACGCCGCCCUUCAGAGUGCCUACAGUGGUUCAACCUCAGAACGUACAAUGGUGUCCAGCGUGUUACUACAGGACAUCAAGAGCUCAUAGACUUCUUCAGAGCUUUGCAACAUUACCUGAGAUCUGAAGACGAGGGGAAAGAGGAGGUGACGCUUCAACUAAUCCUGAAUUUGUCUGCCCAGUGCGGUGUCUGCUUUCCUUGUACCCCUUCUUCUUCCUCCUCGUUUUCCUCUCUUCAUCCUCAAUUGACAGCCUCCUCUAUCAACUUGAUACAUACAGUCAGAGAUGAUGCUUCAUUGGAGAUCCAGGAGUCAUGGGAUGAUGUGCGUCUCCAGCUGCGCCGCCACCUGCUGGGCCGGCUGUCUUCCAGCAGCCGAGACCAUCCUGGAUCCAGACAGAUUUCCAAUCUGUCCAUCCCUGAACGGGUCCGCUGUCUUCAGCAGCUAUUAUUUCUUUAUCCUAAGUCUGAGGUGCUCGCUUGUUACCAGGGCCUAAGAAGUCAAUCUGUGCUGGAUAUUAUGCGCUCAUCCCUGAGCUCCAGCUCAGGCGGUGAGACUGGCUUUGACAGACUGGCUAUGAGUUUCCGCUCUGUGGUCCCUGCUCUGACCCAAGCCCUCACAGAGGAGCUUCAUGUCCUUUCAAGAAUAGUGGAACCACACGCCAUCCUCGGCUUCCUUAAUGCAGUCUGCUUCACCACUGUGGCCCGAGAGCUGGCCUCCCUGGUGGAGACAGAGUGUGAGACGGCUCUGAGGGACAACCCCACCUUUAGCAGCAAGAUCAAAAAAUAUUCUGCUAAGUCCCGUGCAAGUGUCGCACCAAUGGAGCCUCCUGUGAAAAACAGGAGCUUCAGUUUGACCUCCCACCAACUGAAGGCGUUAACCCAGCUGGUCUGCACCCUGCUGGGUUUUGAGAGCAAGAUGAAGAAACUGGUUACUAACAUGACCUUCACUGACUGUACAGGAGACAAUACUUGUGUGAAAGGCAUCUUGAAAAAGAGAGGGGACAAUUUGGACAUGGCAUCAGAUGGCAAGAUAUCCUCAGCAGAACCACUUCUUCACACACCAGAGGGACAUGUUCUGGAGUUUAACUGGAUGUCAGCAUUUAGGGUGCUGGUCCCUCACAUGGAGCGCUGUGUUAAAGUGGCGGUGGAUGAUGUUUGUGCCAAAAGUCUACAGCAGGAAGAGGUCUUACAUUCUCCAGGACACACCUCAGUCACCCUGAGUCGCACAACUGAACAUACAUCCAUCACACAUGUCAAAGAAGACUCUUUUUACACCCGGUCAAAGAGAGAGACUCCUAAAAUGAUAGCCAAGGUAUACUAUAGCUCUGUUAAUGACAGUGAAAUGAGCCAGAAUGUCUUUAUGUUCUGUGGAGCAAUCAUGGCGGAGUUGGAUGCUUUACUACCCUUGGCGGUAGCCUGCAGGGACAGCUCUCUCCUGGAGGUGCGAUCAAGCUUUGUGGAGGCGUGUGGGAGGGCAGCUUUUGCCAUGUUGGGUCGUUUGCAGGAGAGGGCCCUGGAGGUACCAUCCUCUGCACCCCUGAAGAACCUGCCUGCACUGCUGGCCACUUGCAUUUAUGUGCACCAACGACUGGAGCACUACCAUGCCAGGCUGAAAGAUUUAAAUACUGCUGCAGCUAAAGUAUCCCUGACUCUACUCCCGAUUCAGAAGUACCAAGAAACAGUGAAUGCCUUGAAAGAGCAGCUGUCCCACUACUGUAUCCAGGUUUGUUUUAUGUGCAUUCUUCAGGAUGCAGAGAGUCACAACUGGGCUGACUCCAAACCCUUCUAUGAGGGAGAGCGCUUUUCCUUCUCAGUGCAGAUGUGGUUUUACUUCCUGUGUGGGCUCCGUAGUGACCUGUGGGCAGUCCUUCCAGCACAGCUGGCCAAGGAGGUGCUUGGCCAGGUGGUGGCAGAGACUUUACAGUGGCUGGUGCAAAGAUAUGCCAGGGCCCAUCCUUCAUACAAGAGACACCUGCAGAUCAGAUGUGACAUUACAGCAGUGUUGAUGUAUGUGGAGCAGCUUAUGUGGAGUUUGUGUGAAAGCCCGGAGGACUUAGUGCAUCCCAAAUCUUCUUCAACAUGUGUCAUAAUAGCGGGUGGAUCAGACUGGCCAUAUCAAAUCCACAGCCUAUGUGAACAACUCCUGACAGUCCUUGUCAUUGUCACAGCACCCCUGCCUUUGCUGUACAGUUUCUCCAGGACAUUCAUGAUUAAUCCUGUGAAGGAGUCUGUGCCACACCAGCCCAACAGCCCUGUUGUACACUGGCUAAAUGCAAUCAACCCUGACCUCUUCACAGAGCAGGCCAUACAAGAUGGCCCUAAGAGUCAAGCAGCCCUUGCAUGUCAGCUAAGGCUGCUGACCUCUGACCCAGGAAGCAAUCUCAGGUUGCUGCUGCGGAUGCUGCUGUACAGAGAUUGUCACCUGCCCAGAGUACUCCUGCAAAACUCUUAUUUUUGCCAAGAAAGUGGCUUAGGAACAUCUACAGAGAAUUGCAAGGCAGGAGAUAACUUUAUAGUCGCAUUGUUCAACCUUUUCAGUUGCCUGAAUAAUGUUCCCAAGGCCUUGACUCAGGCCUUUCAACCAUACCUGGAGAGAGUACACAUAUGGGAAUAUCUUUACACACUGGCAGACACAACACAGACAGUACCUGUAGUGAUCAGCUGUGUCAGGGCUAUAAUCACCAAGGCGACCAACAGCAUCCUAGUACACCUGGUCUCCAUGGUGAUGGACUGGCAGGCCACACAGGAGCCCAGUGGAGCCUUGUUCAAGUGGAAUAUACCAGAGAGUGUCCUGGCUAAAAUACCCAAGGAGUGGAACUACAUGCCCCUGGAAGCACAGGGAAAGGAGACUGCCACUGAGAGUAUCAUAUCCCAAGUCACUCAAGCCAUGUCCUUCAUUUUCACCAACCUGCCCUUUGCUGUAGCAUCGGUGCCUCUCCCAGUUCGCUUCCUAUUCCAAGAAGCAGAGGUGCACCUCUCCCAGCAUUCCCUGCAGUUGCAUUUGGUGGGCCUGUUGCUUUGGGCCAUACUAGGCUACCUGAUCCAGGGCUUGGAGGAUGUGGACACAUUAGAGCAGAUCAGUGGUCUGGCCUUGGACCGUGGGGCAAAAGACCGCCUGUCCCUGCUGGCUGAAUGCCUACAGGCUUCCAUAGGCAUUCAACACAAAGAUGUUCCCAACCCCACAGUGCACAAAGUGCUGCAGGUUCUGGAGGAAAAAAGAGCCAAAUGGACAACCAUACAGCUACAGAAGGCCCGGAAGCUCUGUUCAGAUAGUGUAUUUGAGCAAGGAAAGGGAAGCGGAGACGCUGCAGCUGAACUGACUGAGCAGAAAAUAGGCCUGAUGCUGCUGGAGGUCUGCCACAAAGCAGGUGGCAGCGACUACCUGAGGCAGAUCUAUCACAUCAUCCAAGGCAAUGAGGUAGGGAAGCACUCCCUCUCCCCAGCAAUUAGGUGGCUGCUGGCCUGA